GGGUGGUGGUGGUGGGGGUCGAAUCAGCCUGACCCACAGAAGGAAGUAGAGCAGCCCUCCCCGCUGGCAUCAGCCCCAGUCUCGCAUCCCCGGGGCCAGCUGCAGCGGAGACUUUCCGCCGACAAAACCAACUUUUGAAGGAGCGGGGAAGAAAGGUUGAGUGGGUGGGCUUUUCUCGGCCCCCACCUGGCCGCCAUGCGAUUCUUCCUCCUGGCUUUCCUGGCCCUCGGUGCCCUGCUGGCAGCCCGCGGGGCGAAGGGCAACCAGAGGAGGGCGAGCGAGGGGGUCUUCCGCCGCCGCGCCCACCGCGUUCAACAAGGGCGCUGCAGUUACACCUUCGUCCUGCCCGAAGCGGAUCCUCCUCCCUGCCAAACCCCCGCAGACCCUCUGGCCAUCAACGCCCUGCAGCGGGAUUCUCCCGGGGACCCUUUGCCCGGGGGCGACGGGCAGCCCACCCCCAAGGUCCAGCAGCUGGAGAGGAUUUUGGAAAAUAACACUCAGUGGCUCAUGAAGCUGGAGAACUUCAUCCAGAUGAACAUCAAGAGUGAGAUGGCCCACAUCCAGCAGAACGUGGUACAGAACCAGACGGCGGCCAUAUUGGAGAUUGGAACCAACCUUUUGAGCCAGACAGCUGAACAGACACGAAAACUGACCGAUGUGGAGACUCAGGUGCUGAACCAAACCUCACGCAUCGAAAUACAACUGCUGGAGAAUUCCCUGUCCACGAACAAGUUGGAACGGCAGCUCCUGGUACAGACCAGCGAGAUUCACAAACUCCAGGAUCAGAACAGUAUCUUAGAAACCCGAGUCCGGCAGAUGGAAACGAAGCACUUGAAGGAGCUGGAGGACAUUCGGACCGAGAAGGACCAGCUCCAGCAGCUGGUGAGUCACCAGAGCAAUACUAUCGAAGGUCUGGAGAAGUCUCUUCAUGUCGCCAGCAGUAACGCCAGCCUCCUUCAGCAACAGCAGCUGCAACUCCUGGAAUCGGUCCAGAAUUUGGUCUCCUUAGUCUCUGAAGGAAAAGUUCUGAAAAAAGAAGACCGGCUGUUCCAUGACUGCAUGGACAUCCUUCGAUCUGGAUUCAACUUCAGUGGGGUUUACACCCUCCACAUUAACAAUCUGACUGAACCCAAAAAGGCCUUUUGCAACAUGGAAACCGAUGGAGGAGGCUGGACGGUCAUUCAACGCCGGAUCAACGGCAGUGUCAGCUUCCAAAAAACCUGGAAAGAAUAUAAACAGGGCUUUGGGACUGCAGCUGGAGAAUACUGGCUGGGGAACGAGGCCGUCCAUCAUUUGACCAGCCAGGCUGCCUACACUCUACGGGUGGAGCUUCUGGACUGGGAAGGCAACCAGGCUUAUGCCCAGUAUGACAAAGUCCGGCUGGCAGGCGAGCGCCAGCGCUACAGGCUCGCCCUGAAAGGCUACAAGGGCUCGGCCGGUCUCCAAAGCGCGCUGCCUCUCCAGGGAACAUCCUUCAGCACUUGGGACUCCGAUAACGACAACUGCAUGUGCAAAUGUGCCCAGAUGCUCUCUGGGGGUUGGUGGUUCGAUGCCUGCGGCCAAUCCAACCUAAACGGUAUUUAUUAUCCGGCCCGUCACAACAUCCGGAAACUGAACGGAGUCCGCUGGCAUUACUUCCAAGGCCCAGGAUACUCAUUAAAAGCCACACGGAUGAUGAUCAGGCCUUCCAGCGGCCGCGAAGGCACCGCGUAACAAGACUAACCAGGAUGCUGUUCCUUUGAGUUGCUCAGAAUAACAGAGUCGGGAAGGGACCUUGGAGGUCUUCUAGUCCAACCCCCUGCCUGCUCAAACAGGAAACCCUACACAAUUCUGGACAAAUGGCAGUCAAAUCUCUUCUUUGAUGGAGCAUCAGACAAAAGUCCUUCCAUGAGCUAAUUGUACUCACUGUCAGGCAAUUUCUCCUUAGUUCUAGGUUGGAUCGGUCUUCCAUUAGCAUGGGAGGACAAGAAGGAACUUCAAGGCCCAUGUUGCUUUGCACCAGGGUGGAGACCGCACCACCACGCAAGAAGAAAAUUACAUUUCAGAUCAGCCAAGAAGCUUCUGGAGGCCUCCUGCAGCCCCCCAAGGAAGAGAAGAUAGAAGUCUAUAAUCUUCCAAAUUUAUCAAAAGUGACUCGUGUAAUUUAGACCUUGGCAGAGAUAGCCUGCAAGGAACACUUGUUGUAGCCCAACCAAAAAGAAACAGAAAACAAAAUAUCUAGGCAAUCACACUUAUUUCUAACAGCUGGCCAGGAUGGAGUAUGUAUAUAUCACCUCAAUGCGUGAAAUUAGGCAUUUCCUAGAAUGCCCUAGGAAAUUUAUAGAAUGCCAAAAACGGGACAUCAAAGUCUGAAAUGCUUAAUAUUUUACGCAUUUCCUAGGCGUUCCGAAAGGCAAACCUGCAAAAUAUAAAAUACUCCUGCUAAAAUGUCAAUCUAGCCUUCCUUGCUGCAACCAAUACUGGUCUUUUUUCAGCCGAAUAGGUUAUUUAAAAAAAUGCUUUUAAAAGGUAAACAAAAAAAAGGCUCUGACGAUCCCAGCUGAGCUGCCUGAUCGUCAGAGCCUCUUUUUUUUACUUUUAAAAGCAUUUUUUUUACAAACCUAUUCAGCCGAAUAGGUUGUUAAAAAAAAUGCAUUUAAAAGUAAAAAAAAAAGUGUGCACCACAGCUGAUUGCGCGCCACACACCCUGCGCUGUUUUACUUACCCCAUGCCUCCAUUUGGCGUGCACUGUGGACGUGCGCACACCCCUUGCAUUUGGUGCGUGUUGUGCAUUGUGCAACACGCAUGAACAGCCAACGAACCGGUAGUAAACCGGUUCAGAUUUCACCACUGCCCUAACCCCAAUCCCUAACUCUAAUUGUAACCCUUAACCCUAAUUUUAACCCUAACCCUAACCCUAACCCUAACCCUAACCCCUUGCAUUUGGUGCGUGUUGUGCAUUGUGCAACACGCAUGAACAGCCAACGAACCGGUAGUAAACCGGUUCAGAUUUCACCACUGCCCUAACCCUAAUCCCUAACUCUAAUUGUAACCCUUAACCCUAAUUUUAACCCUAACCCUAAUCCUAACCCUAACCCUAACCCCUAACCCUAAUUUUAAUCCUAACCCUAACCCUAUCCCUAACUCUAAUUUUAACCCCUAACCCUAAUUUUAACCCUAACCCUAGCCCUAACUCCUAACCCUAAUUUUAACCCUAACCCUAAUCCUAACCAUAAACCUUUCUAACUUUUAACCCUAAUCCUUCAAUUU